ACCUUGGACGAAGGAAUCGGCCUCUCUGUAUAAAGAAAUUAGGAAGACGAAGAAAAAUUCUCUCCUUCAAUAGUGAGGAAUAUACAAAGAUUACAGCAUUAGGAAACAAAUCUCUAGUUAUAAUAGGACUAACCAAAAAAAGGAAAGUAAAAAUACAGCAGAGAAAAUUUUCAGUUUCCUAGAGGAACCAGAGAAAAAAAAACACCUUGCACAACUAGGAACAUCUUGAAAAAACCUAUAAAUAUGAGGCCAAUUUUAGAGAGACUUCACCAUCACAACAAGGCGCAAUGGCAAACAACCUCACUUCGGCUUUCACUUUUGCUCUCAUCCUCUGUGUUUCAGCUCUUUCACUAAUUCCACACACCACCUCACUAUCAACCUCAUUCCAAUUCCCUCCAACCCAAUCCACAAUCCUCCCUGACCCUUCAAGCUUCUUCUCUGCAAACCUCCUCUCCACCCCUCUUCCCACCAAUUCUUUUUUUCAGAACUUCGCUCUCAACAAUGGUGACAAACCUGAGUACUUCCACCCCUACAGCAUCAACUCAUCCUCCUCCUCUCUAUCUAUCUCCUACCCAUCUCUCUCCUCCACCUCUGCUUUCAUCUCCCAAACCUUUGUCCCUGACCUCACCAUCUCUGCCUCCCAAACCAGCGCCAACUUAGCUACAACAAAUAACAGCGGCCGUGUAAUCUCUGCCUUCACUGAUCUCAGUGUCACCUUGGACUUUCCCUCCUCCAACCUUCGUUUCUUCCUGGCUCGAGGAAGCCCUUAUGUCACCUGCAAUGUGUCUAGCCCCACUGCGGUUUCUGUCUCAACCAUUCAUGCAAUCCUCGAAUCCUAUUCGAGCAACUCAAAGACCAAGUUCACUGUCCAGCUUGACAACAAUCAAACAUGGGUUAUGUACACCUCCUCCCCAGCUAUUUUGACUAGAAGCAGCCCAUCAACCUUAACUUUUGAUGGCUAUUCUGGCAAUAUUCGGAUUGCAUUGGUGCCGGGUUCUGAUCCAAAAUACGUGGCAAUCCUUGACCGGUUUAGUUCUGCUUACCCCGUUUCUGGUGAAGCUGUGUUCACAAAGCCAUUCACUCUGGAAUAUAAAUGGGAGAAGUAUGGACGGGGAGAUUUGCUUAUGCUAGCUCAUCCUCUCCAUCUUCAGCUUCUGUCUAAUGCUACUGUUUUGGAAGAUUUCAAGUACAAGAGCAUUGAUGGCGAUCUGGUUGGCAUCGUUGGCGAUUUGUGGGAGUUGAAAUCUCAUAAUAUAUCAGUCACUUGGCAUUCAAUCGGAGGUGUCAAACAAGCCUCAUACCCUGAAAUUGUUUCUGCGCUUCGUCGUGAUGUUAAGGCUCUUAGUUCGACACCAAUAACAACUGAAUCGUCAUACUUUUAUGGGAAAUUGGUUGCCAGAGCAGCAAGGUUGGCUUUGAUUGCUGAGGAGGUGGAUUGUCUUGAUGUGGUUCCAGCAAUUAGGAAAUACUUGGCGGACGCCAUUGAGCCAUGGUUGGAUGGUACUUUAAGUGGGAAUGGUUUUUUGUAUGAUCCUAAAUGGGGUGGACUUGUCACCCAACAAGGAUCAACCGAUCGCGGUGCAGAUUUUGGGUUUGGAAUUUAUAAUGACCACCAUUAUCAUCUUGGAUAUUUUGUUUAUGGUAUUUCAGUGCUUGCAAAGAUUGACCGUGCAUGGGGGAGCAAGUACAAGCCUCAAGCUUACUCUCUUGCAGCAGAUUUCAUCAACAUAGGCAACCAAUCGAAUUCAAACUAUCCACGGUUGAGAUGCUUUGAUCUGUACAAACUGCACUCAUGGGCUGGAGGACUGACUGAAUUUGGAGAUGGAAGGAACCAAGAGAGCACAAGUGAGGCAGUGAAUGCUUACUACUCAGCUGCAUUGAUGGGCUUAGCCUAUGGAGACAUCAAUCUUUUCAAUAGUGGAUCAAUGCUUACAUCUCUGGAAAUUCAAGCAGCUCAAAUGUGGUGGCAUGUAAGAGAAGGGGAUACACUUUAUGAGGAAAAGUUCACAAGGGAAAAUAGGAUUGUGGGAAUUUUAUGGGCAAACAAGAGAGACAGUGGACUUUGGUUUGCUCCUCCAGAGGCAAAAGAAAUGAGGCUUGGAAUUCAGUUGCUGCCCGUAUCCCCAAUCACUGAGAUCUUGUUCUCCGAUGAUGGCUUUGCUAAGGAAAUUGUAGAAUGGGCAUUGCCAGCCCUAAGUAGAGAAGGAGUUGAGGAAGGAUGGGAGGGCUUUGUCUAUGCCUUGCAAGGGAUUUAUGAUAAGGAUGGUGCU